UAUUAGGCAGAAUAAAACAAAGAUAUAUUUGCUACGUUUUUUUCCACAUUUUUCCUGUGAAUUUGGCAAUAUUUUGAGGCGUAAAUUUGUAUAAUAGUUAUCGGAAUUCAAGUAUUUGAUAACUACUUAAAUGACGAGCCAAAUCUUGAACUAGUUCUGAGAAAGUGUAAAAUGUACCCGUAGUCAUAUUUGUCAUUGUUCCCCAUAAAGCAAAGGUAUAAUAAUAAAAUAAAGACGCACUAACGGUGUUUUGCAAAGCUCAGGAUAGCAGUGGAUAAAUUAGAAUCGCCUUGCUUGCGAUACUUUGCUGAAAUCGGCAAUUGGUUCAAACGUUUGGUAAUGGAAUUGCACCAACGAAACCAAAAUUCAACAUCCUCCUCAUCCUCAUCUGGUGCAUCACCUGGUAACAUAGUAGGCAGUGUGGGAGCUAGCAACAAAAACGAUUACGACAGUUCUCACAGUAGCAGUAACACUGAGGAGUAUACCGAAACAGACGAACGGCGUCGCCGAAUGAUGAAAAACCGUGCGAGAAAUAAUCGUUUGAUGCAGCAGCAUGUCCAACAGCAGACCUCGACAACCGUAGCUAAGCCCGCAGCGUCAUUGAAAAAGGUUCUGGACGCGGAAGAUCGCAUAACUUUAGUCGUGGAUAAUACCACGUUUUCAAUAAAUCCGUCGCUGUUCACUGCUCAUCCGAACACGAUGCUUGGUCGAAUGUUUAGCACAGGAAUGGAAUUUACACAUCCGAAUGACCGCGGGGAAUAUGAGGUGGCCGACGGUAUUUCGCACACAGUUUUUCGCGCCAUUCUCGAGUAUUACCGGAAUGGUAUCAUUCGUUGUCCGCCUACGGUUUCCGUGCAGGAGCUGCGUGAGGCUUGCGAUUAUUUGCUGAUUCCGUUCACGGCCGAUACGAUCCGAUGUCAAAAUUUGCGCGGACUGCUGCACGAGCUUAGCAACGAGGGAGCUCGCGAGCAGUUUGAAAUGUUCCUCGAAUCACUGAUUCUGCCAUUGAUGGUGGCUUCGGCCGAGCGUGGUGACCGGGAGUGUCAUGUUGUUGUAUUGUCCGACGAUGAUCUCGUUGACUGGGAUGAAGAAUAUCCUCCUCAAAUGGGUGAAGAGUACUGCCAGACCGUGUCUAGCACGGCAUUAUAUCGCUUCUUUAAGUAUAUUGAGAAUCGUGACGUAGCCAAGCAGGUGUUGAAGGAUCGAGGUCUGAAGAAAAUCCGUCUCGGUAUCGAGGGUUAUCCGAAUUAUAAGGAAAAGAUAAAGAAACGACCCAGCGGACGAGUGGAAGUGAUUUACAACUAUUUGCAGCGACCGUUCAUUCACAUGUCGUGGGAAAAAGAAGAAGCUAAGAGCCGUCACGUAGAUUUUCAAUGUGUAAAGUCCAAAUCUGUCACAAACCUGGCCGAAGCAACGGCCGAUCCAGCUCUUGAGUUGGAUUCAGGAAAUCAACUCCCUCAACGUCAUUUUGAUAUUUCCAAUGAACCAGAUGUAGAUGCCAUUCGUCCGAUUGUCGCAGCAGCUAUCGCUAUAGAUGGCGAAGAAGGUGCUGUGGGUGGCAUAAUUAAUCCAGAAGAAAACGCCGGUUCGGAUGAGCCUCAAUAGGUAAUCAUACUUAUAGUUUUAUAUUCCUAGAAAUAUUCUUUAAAGCGCCAACAUUUACCACUGUCUCAAAAAUUGCUAGGUUGCGUUAGAAAAAUAUUAACAUUCAACCGCAAAAGACGCAUUUUUUUGCUGAGAGGAGCCGUAAUGUUUUCAGUUUAACGGUAUCUUCAACUCGAACUCGAUUGUUUAAAACUCUCUGAUUCUAAUUUAGUAACUGAUUUAGGCAUAUAUUCCGCAGAUCUAAACUCCGCAUAUCACCAUAGGGUGUUUUCUGUUCAGAUGAAAAAAAAAAAAAUCAGCAAAUACUGAGACCAAUAAAUUUAUCGUUUUUUAUUUUGAAUAGCCAACCGGAACGUUCUACAUUAUUUAACAAUAUACUUCUUAUUACAUAACGCGAUGAUACACAGGUUUGCAAAUAAAACUUAAAUCCUCCUAAUUUGUCCUCCAUUCGUUUUUACGCAAUAACUCUUAUUCUAUUUACAUGGAAAGUCAAUAAAAAGUGUUAUUUGGAAAAUAGAAAAUGUUUUAAUACCUAAGAUAAACCGAAUAUUUUUCAACUGAACAAUAUAAACAAUCUUAAUUU